UCUCUUCAUUUUCCCAUUUCUCUCUCUAACUAAAUUCCCCUCAUCCAAACACUCCCCAAACAUUUUCCUCCACUUUCUCUCUCUAAAAGUUUUCUCUCUCUAGAUAAUCAUGGCGGCUCAGCAGAAGAGAGAGUUAGAAGAAACUGAGCUGAAAGUACCAGAUUCCAUUCCUUUAUGCUCUGAAAGUUCAGAUCUGAAGAUCUAUAAACAAGAUGAACCACCACCACCACCACAACCACAUCAAAUAUCUUCUUUUGUUUCGAAUGCAAAACUCACCCAUAGAGAAUCCGUAGCUUUACGUUCUCCAGCUGUGGCAUCAUCAGAUCUAAAGAUGUGUAAGCAAGAUCCAUCCAGACUGUCGUCAGUAAGUAGCACCGUAACAAAUAACGAUCUGAUGACGAUGAAUAAGAAGAGGAAGCGAGAAGUGAACAGAUGUUCACGAGCAGAUUGCUGCAAAAGAGUUGGAUUGAUACCGUUCAGGUGCAGAUGUGGUGAAGUUUUUUGUUCGGAACAUAGGUAUUCCGAUCGACAUGAUUGUAAUUACGAUUACAAAUCAGCUGGUCGUAAAGCUAUUGCGAAGGAAAAUCCAGUUGUUAAAGCUCCCAAAAUUAUCAAAGUUUGAAAAAAAAAAAAUUAAUGGAGAUUUUUUUUUUGAUUUUUUUUUUUUUUAGUUUGGGGGGGGGGGGGGGGGGGGGGGGGGGGGGGUGGGGGAUGAAUGGUGGUGGUUUAAUGAUGUAAAUUUGAUGAAUGGAUGAGGGUAUUGUUGUCAUUUAGUUAUUAAAAUUAUUAUUAUUAAAAUAAGUUAGUGGAUAUUUUUUUUUUCGUGUGUGUGUUAUAUUGCUUUAGAACUCUGUGGUGCGUUGUAUUUGUGUCAUAUUCUGACAUGAUGAUAAUUAUUUAUUCGUAUAA